GAACUGUUUAUUUUGAGGUUAAUACUGAAAACAAUAGUAUUGUGGACUGUGAAGUGAAUAUUGUGAGUGAUGCUGACUCAAUGCGUGGUGUGAUUUUAGUUAUGAUUCUUUUUUGUAUAUAAUAACUUAUUUUUAUUUAUAGCAUAAUUAUGAUGCAUAAGAGUUUAGGUUUACUGAAUCAGUUAUCCUCAAUUUAUAAGUGUUGUGUCUGUAGUGUGGGAAGCUCUGGCAAUAUAUGCUCGAAUACACUUUUGAGAUCUAGGACAACUCAAGUUAAUUAUAUUUUGUGGAAUAGAUGGGUUUCUCAUGCCUACCAUGAUAUCCAAGUGGCUGAUAAGCCCUUAACGAAAAUACUGAAGAUUGCAAUAAUUGGUACACCAAACUCUGGGAAAAGCACCUUCAUCAAUCAAAUUGUUGGAAGAAGGGUAUUUGCUAUAUCCAGCAAAGUGCAUACAACACGUGCUCGAGCAAGGGCUGUUAUCAACUUAGAUGAUACUCAGAUUGUGUUUUUGGACACUCCAGGGGUUGUCACACAAACAGAGUCUCAGAAACAUAAUCUGGAGGCUUCGUUCCUUAGAGAUGGGGAGAUUGCAAUAAGCGAAGCUAACGUAGUGGCGGUGAUUCAUGACGUAGGAAAUCGCUUCACUCGAGGCUGCCUGGACCCAAAAGUGUUGCGUCUUCUCCACCUAUACCCUUACAAACAUUCUGUGCUUGUAUUAAACAAGGUUGACAUGGUCAAGAAGAAGCGUUAUCUACUGGAAUUAUCUGACAGACUUACUUGCAAAAGAUUGUCCAGUCCUGAAAAAUCUCACAGGGAAGAUAGAACAAAGUUGUCCGAGGAGGAGGUGAUGAAAGAAGUGAAGAAACAAUCUGGUUGGUCCAAUUUCUGCCAGGUGUUCAUGGUGUCUGCUCUGGAGGGGUCUGGGGUCGGGGAAGUAAUGGAAUAUUUCCUGCAGUAUGCGAGACCGGGACAGUGGAUGUACCCGGAGACAGUGUAUACGGACCAGAAGCCGGAGAGAGUGAUCUGCGAGGCCGUCAAGUCCAGGUUGCUGGAGAAUCUUCCCAACGAAAUCCCUUACAAUUGUGAAACUCAGAUAGAGAUGUUCAACGAGCUUAGAGAUGAAACAAUCAUGGCAGUGGUUCUGAUAACCUGUCCCAGUACGAGGAUCGAGAAGUUGAUCAUGAGAAAAAUCCGAACAAUCGCCCAAGAGUCUGAAGCAGAGUUGAGAAACACAUUCAUGACCCAAGUGGUGCUCAAACUUGUGCUGCAAACAGUUGAGAAAUAGACCUUUGCGGAUGAAGCCUUGUUCACCCUCAACUAGGAUACCAGCCUCCCUCAGUGGUUGGUAGUUGACAGCGGGGUUGCUGCGAAAGUUGGUAAUGUCCAGAUAGUUGGCCAGCCUGUCUGUGUCCUUCUCUGACAGUCUGGAUCCCAGGAGAAACUCAGACACUUGGUUGAUUGUGCUCUUAAUGUCCUAAAACGUUAUCGACUCUUGUAUUUGGCAAUUGUAUAGUUGGUUACCAAUAUUUUGUAAAUAAAUCAUGUCAUAUUUUUA